AUGACCACCAGGUGUUUGCUGCAUGUUUGCCUUGUACUGCUCUUCGCUACUGAAAUCUCAUCUCGGUUCUGUACCAUGCUUCAUUUCCAGCAGAACACAGUGACCCAGAAAGAGAAUGCCCAGGUGGCAAUUCAAGAGAUCCUCCAAGAGAUCUUCAACAUCUUGAGCAAAAACCUCACCCAAAGUGCCUGGGAUGAGAUAUCCAUAGUCAGGUUCCAAAGCGGACUUUACCAGCAAAUUCAGCGGCUGGAGGCAUGUUUGAGAACACAGAUGGAGAAGGAAUUAACCAACCCGGAAAGUGAGGACCUCCAGCACACCACUAGGAGAGUGAAAAAAUACUUUCAGGGGAUAGAUGCUUUCCUGAAAGAAAACCAAUACAGCCUGUGUGCCUGGGAGAUUGUUCGUGUGGAAAUACCCAGAUGUUCUGUACUUAUUGACAAACUCACUAGAAGGCUUAGUAACUAA